AUGGCAGCCAUUAUGCGGAUUCCGGAUGAGCUGAAGAUGGCGCGCGAGUUUGCGCUGCUCGGCAACUACGACACCUCACUCGUCUAUUACGAAGGUGUACAACAGGCCAUUUCCCAGCACAUGGGCAGCUGUGAUCUUGCUUCCCGCGCCAAGUGGAAACAGGCAUCGCUGCAAGUUUCGCAAGAACUUGAGCAAGUCAAGCAAAUUCGCACUGAACUCGCUCAGUUUCUCAGCAAGCCCGAGCCGGAAGAUGAGAACGACCCAGAUGUGUGGGGCCCGCCCCCACCUCUGGACCGUCCCUCUUACAGCAAGCCCAAAGCGAGGUUUGUACACAUCCAACACCACGCUCCUCAGGAACCCUCCCAAAACGGGCAACAUUCGCGCACCUGGUGUGUCAUUGGACGAGUCGCCAUCGUCGCCAUCCGCAUCUGUGACACACCCUCACGGGCGCCGGUUGCUUCAUUGCCACGUUUGAUCGCUCGCGGUGGGCGCGGUGGAAGUGACAAGACCAACGACCGCAAGAAGGAUGACGGCGAACGCAGCAAGCCCAGCUUUGAUGCCGAAGCUCGGGGCUGGGACCCAGAAUUGGUGUCCAUGCUUGAACGCGACAUGAUCACUACCAACCCCAACGUGCACUGGGAUGACAUUGCCGGCCAUGGCGAGGCCAAGAAACUGCUGGAGGAAGCGGUGGUUCUGCCCAUGCUGCUACCCGACUACUUUACUGGCAUUCGUCGCCCAUGGAAGGGCGUGCUCAUGACCGGCCCGCCUGGUACCGGCAAAACGUUGCUGGCCAAGGCCGUUGCAACCGAGUGCAACACAACCUUCUUCAAUGUGACCUCAUCCACGCUGUCGAGCAAGUAUCGUGGUGAUGGCGAAAAGCUCGUGCGCCUCCUCUUUGAAAUGGCUCGGCAUUAUGCACCCACCACCAUUUUUAUUGACGAGAUUGAUUCCUUGGCCAGCUCGCGUGGCGGUUCCAAUGAGCACGAGGCCUCGCGUCGCAUCAAGUCAGAGCUGCUGGUCCAAAUGGACGGCGUGGAUGGUGCCACGGGUGACAGCUCAAAUGUUGUCAUGGUGUUGGCUGCCACCAACUUCCCUUGGCAGAUUGAUGAGGCACUCCGUCGUCGCCUCGAGAAGCGCAUCUACAUCCCCUUGCCCUCGCCGGAGGGACGUCGCCAGCUGUUGGACAUUAACCUGAAGAGCGUUGAGCUGGCCGAUGAUGUCGAUUUGGACGCUAUUGCCAAAAAGUCGGAUGGGUAUUCGGGUGCUGAUCUCACCAACGUCUGCCGUGACGCUGCCAUGAUGUCAAUGCGACGUGCCAUCGCGGGCAAAUCCCCCGCUGAAAUCAAGGCCAUGGGUAAGGACAAGUUGAACCUGCCCACCUCGCAGCAAGAUUUGGUCGAUGCGCUGGGCAAGGUGGCGCCCUCGGUUUCUCCGGCGGACUUGGACAAGUACGAGAAGUGGAUGCGGGACUUUGGAUCCACUUAA